UUCCUGAUAUGUGUAUGUGUAUGCCUGAAUUUAGUAAGUCAGCGGAAAAGUUAAUAUCGAACCGUACUGGGGAUGUCUUAUUGCAGUUUUUCCUCCUAUUUAACUCCUGUAGUCCGCCUACUGCAGUCGCGGCACUUCCGCUCUCAACAACAAGCCAGAGGAUUGAGAAGCCAAGCCACCAGUCUUCACCAUUCUAUACGCUUGCUCAAACGUAAGUGCAAGGGGCUCUUACGAUAAAUGAAUUGACAGCUUUGGAGUUGGACGUUUACAAACUGAUUACAUUGGCCGAAGAACCUCGUAUGCACAACAAUCCAUUUCACUUGUGACCUUAAAUAAUCCUCAAGAGGGGUUAGAGUGCAAAGCCAGUAUGAGCAAAACCUCUAAACUGGUAUCCACAAGCGCGAAAAGGAUUCAAAAAGAGCUGGCAGACAUAACUCUGGACCCUCCUCCAAAUUGCAGUGCUGGCCCCAAAGGUGACAACAUCUAUGAGUGGAGGUCCACCAUCCUGGGGCCACCAGGCUCUGUCUAUGAGGGAGGCGUCUACUUCCUGGACAUUGCCUUCACGCCUGACUACCCCUUCAAACCACCUAAAGUAACAUUCCGCACUAGGAUCUACCACUGUAACAUCAACAGCCAGGGCAUCAUCUGCCUGGACAUCCUGAAGGACAACUGGAGUCCAGCCCUCACCAUCUCCAAGGUCCUGCUGUCCAUCUGCUCUCUGCUCACAGACUGCAACCCAGCGGAUCCUCUGGUUGGAAGCAUCGCCACUCAGUACACAGCAAACAGAGCCGAGCACGAUAGAAUAGCAAAACAGUGGACCAAACGCUAUGCAACAUGACGUGGACACGGACAACUGUGCCUUUGACCAUUGCUGCUCUUGAAACACAUGGACUGAGCCAUUUCUGUCUCGUUAUUUUUUAGGACUUUAUUGGAAGGUGUGUUUGUGUGUGUGUGUGUGUGUGUGUGUGUGUUUUUUUUUGUUCUUUGCCUCCCACAAUUUUAAUUUAUUAUUUAACUGUGAAUAAAGAAAAAGCCACAAAAGUUUUUUUUUUUUUUCAGCAUUUGUUUUAUGUGAAUUUGUGUUGCCUAAGAUUACCUGGACAUAAAGUGGUUGAAAUUCAAUUUUGAAAUGUAUAAUAAAAUACUGUGAUGACAAA